UCAAAACAUUUUAAGUAAAUUUUGAGCAAGGAAAAUUAUUAGUAAAUUAUGGCGGAGCAACCAUUACACAAUAGGAUAUAUUUUUAUAGAGAAAAUGAAAAAUUAGAAGAAGACGUGGAUACAUUAAAUAAGGAAUUGGAUGAUACGAAGAAAUCAUCGGUAAAUACGGAGUAUAUUGAAAAUUUAAAAAUGGAAAAAAAUAAUUUACUAGCUCUAAAUGAACGUUUACAAAGGAAACUCAAAUAUCUCAGGCAUUAUAGUCCAACAAAACAAUCUGAUUUUGUGCAGGAAACCAAAGAAAAAAAAGACCUUUUUGAAACGGUCAAAGAAUUGGACAGACUCAUAGAGAAAUUUAAAAGAAACGAAAUAUUCGAGAUAAAGCAACAAGAUGAGAAUCACACUGCUAAUCUGAUUAACUCAUUAACCAUAAAAAUUGAGGAAGAAGAAAAAAAAUCUGAACAAUUAAACGAAAUUAUAAGAAAAUUACGAAACAGCGAUGAGAAAUAUAUCUUAGAAGAAAAAUUAACUGAUUUAAAGCAGCUGUUAACUGAUUUAGAAAAAGAAAACUCAAAAUUGAAAUACGAGAACGAGCAGCUACUAGAUAACAUAGAAAAUUUUAAAAAUCAAUUAAACCAAGCUUUGGAAGACGUAAAAAUUGCCACAAAAAAAUGUUAUACCUUGGAAGACGAUAAAGAUCAACUAAAAAAAAUAAUUUCCGAUUUAGAAAACGAAAAAACGCAAAUAAAAAAAGACAUGGACGAAAUGAAUGAGACAAACGCAGUUAACAAGGUGCCAGUUGAUACUGAAUUAGCUUUGGAACACAUUUCGGAAGCAUAUGAAAUGAAGAGGCGAGAAGUUAAACAACUUAUGGAACAAUUAGUUGCAGCAGAAAAUAUUAUAAAAGAAUUCCAGAAACAGUUUAAAUCUUUAUAUACAUAAGUUUUUUUUAUCAUUACGUUUGUUACUUCAAAAGAAAUCGAACUUGUUAUAGUUGGCUGUGGAUAAUCAAAUACAACAAAUGGUAUCGGGACUAUGGAUAAUCGCACUAAAAAAUGAGUUAAACAUUAAUUUGAAGAGUCUAAAAAACGAGUGAAAUCAUUUGACAGCACUCGACAGCACGUUGAGUGCAUUAACUUAUGUGGUUACGCAUAGUCUCGUUAUAAAAAGUUGUAUUUGUUAAUGUAUAUCAUGAAUUAAUAAAAAAUAACAGUUCAAUAAGUUUACAGCUACAUUACAAGCAAUAUUAGAUCUGUAUAGCCUUUUAAAGUACCAGCUAUUAGUCAAAACUAAAAGUAGAGGACAUUCUUACAUUACGAGUGAUAU